AUGCUCACACCUGUAUUCUGGAUCACUCAAGACGACGACGCGCUGCUCAUCCGUAUUCGUGCUCCGCACGGAAAUAUCGCCGAGCUGGACUAUGAUCACGGCGAUUAUAUGUUCGUGUUCACGUGUCCGCCUUAUUUUUUGAGAUUACACUUUAAACAAAUGGUCGAGGAGUACGGUAGCGGAAAUGGAAGCGUCGAGUGGAAAUCCGACGAAGGCGAAUUUCACAUAAAAGUCCCGAAAAUGCACAAAAAAGAGCAUUUCUCGAAUUUGGACAUGAUUACGGAGCUGCUAACGCCUAGUACAACACACCACCAACCACACGGAAAUCAACUUGUCGAGGAAAUGGACGAUUCUGAAGACGAUGAUGAAGGUGAUGGCUCGGAAUUUCUAGUGGAACAGCAGCCAGCAGCAGAGCCCGAAGAGCCGAAAAGUGAUGGAAAAAUCGAAAAAUUCGGCUAUGGUUUCGGUUGGAGCAAGUUUGGAGUUAUUGAGAGGCUCAGAGAUGAAAUCGGCAAAAUUGUGGAUAUUUUGGAGCCCGAAAAUGUGGAAAUUGAGAAAAGAGCCGACAAAUUGAUGGAAUUCGAUUGGGAAAACUUUGAUGAAGGCAGAUAUUUAGCCGACACCCUGGAGCCUGAGGAGGAGCUUCUCGCUGUAAUUUCAUCGAAAUUUGCUCAAAAACUCGAGAUUUCUGACGAAGACCGCACCAAACUGAAGGAUUUGAAAAAGUCGAAAACGUCAGCAAAAAUCAAUGGAAAUGACGUGGAAAUUAUGACGUCACUAAUCGAUAUUGUCUUUGGAUAUUGCUACGAUCAACGUGUUAACGAUUGGGAAUCCGCGUGUGAAAGUGGAUGGAAUUGCGCUAAACUUUCGCCGAGCUUGAGCUUUUUCGCCAAAUUUUCCAGUGUUAAAGAGUGUCUCCUCGCGUGCACCCGCCGUGCACUCACCUACCCACUCUACCGUAGCUUCCAACUCACGCAACGUGUCAUUCAGGACGUUUGCCACGUCAUCACCGCCGGCGGUGGCCGUCCCGCCCUCCUGCACAUUCUAUGCGAUUUACACCGAAUUUUCAUCGAAUCCGGAGAAUUUCGCUACAUUUUGAACGAUUUAAUGAUUGCCGACUACAUUUUCUGGAUUCAAACUGUGCCCGACGAGAUUCUGACGCGAAUUCAGACGGAUUUGACGGAAAUUUCGGGAAAAAUCGAUAAAUACGAUAUUGGAUGGGAUUUGGAGGUGUUGGAAGCCGAGGCGAAACUGGCGAAUACUCAACUUGACAGCGAUGAUGAGCCCGAUAAUUGAUAUGAUUUUUAGAAAAAUCGAUAAUUUAUCGAUUUUUUUUUUCAAUUUUUUUGUUAUUUUCUAUUAUUACCCACAUUAAUUGAUUUUUCCGCUAAAAAAUCGAUAAUUUCACAAUUUUUUCUGUUGUUGCACACUUUGUUGAAUUCUAAAAUAAUUACU